AUGAAACUUAUAGUUUGCAAUGAACUUCAAAGUAUAGAUACAACAAAAGUUUUGAACUCAGAUGCUUUGAAGAGUCUUAUAACAGACAAAGUUGGAGUUGUUGAAAGAAAGUAUAAAGACCAAAGAGUUUGUGAAAAUGUUGCAAACUUCAUUAUGGUUUCAAACAAUGCUGUUCCGAUGAAGUUAGAAAGUUCUGACAGAAGAUAUGUAGUUGUCAGAACGUCAGAUUCUCAUAUGCAAGAUACAGAAUAUUUUGACGACUUAGCAGAAACUUUGACAUCUGACUUUUACAACCACUUGUUCUCAUAUUUUAUGACAUUAGAUAUUUCAAAGUUCAAUCCAAGACAAAUUCCACAUACCGAAGAGAGACAAACAUUGUUAGAAGCAAACAAGAGUGUAUAUGAACUGUUCAUAGAUGAAACUGACUUUGUGUCAUUAGAUGAAAGGUCAUUGUACGAUUCGUAUAAACAAUAUUGUCAAGAAUAUGGUUAUAUGACAGCUUCUAAACGAACAUUCUUGGCAAAUGUCAAAAGUCUUUUAGAUGUUCAGAAUGGUGUAUAUACAAAGAAAAUUUUUUCUGAGUAA